CUCCGGGGAUGCUCGAGAUCCACCACGGCAAACUGUCGCAACACACCUACUACCACGGUCCGACUCGCGCGAACUCUGACGCACGCGAGGGUUUGUUGGCCAAGUUUCCCCAUUCCCCUGAACCAACCCAGGGCGUGCCUCGCAGCGGUUUCAGAACCGUUUCUUUAAACUCACGAAGCACCAGGCCCCAAUUGUCUGUCCGUGGUUCGAAUUCAAGUGGACAACAAGCCUACCCUUCCAUGUCCCGCAGAAUACAGAGACAUGAGGCCACUGUUCAUCAAGCUUCGGCGGGUUGCCGGAUUGGCAAACGUAUUCGCGCCAAGUCGAGCGCUGGUCGUUCGAACAUUCCUCCUCCCCACGCUCCUGCUCCCCCUCUUCCUAACCCCUGCUCCAUUCAUCCGGUACUCACUCGCUUCGCACAAAGCUCACGCGUAAACAUUCGAGAGGUUCCGUCCCAUAUCGCCGUCCCGACUCCGGCGCCAGCCAAUCCCCAGUCUCGCUGGCCUGACUCCAAAUACAAUGACAUUUUGUACGAGCGGGACCCGAAUGUACUCCGUGACAGGAUCAAUGGUUAUCCCUUGACGCCUGUUUGCAGCGAACACUGCCCAGAACACAUGCGUUCCAUAAAAUUUGACAUGUACGCACCGCAGCGUCCCAACGAGACACUUCAACAAGCCAUACAUACCGCAUUGGCUCAAGGCCGUGCCCUCGAUGUACGCGCAGGAGGCCGUUACCGCCGUAUCUUUGACGCGCAUGACCCAAUGGGCAUCGUUCCGGAGACUGGAACUGAUUGGGCACAGCAGGGUGGUCAUCGGUGAUUUUAUGGAGACUGACGUCUGUUUGUGAAGAGAGUUUUGGUGCUGGUUUACCUACUCGUGUAUGUCGU